UAAGAACAUUCAAAUAAUUUCGGAAGGACGUUACAAAAGAAAACAAUGAAAGCAAUAUCACCACCGUCGACGGCUGCCAUAAUCAUUCAUUCUCAUCAUCACUACCCUAGUCACCGCCGCUGGUUUUUAUCUCCACCGUCUCUAUCAAACCGUCAGUACCACCACCUCUCGGUAUCAAUCGCCAGACCCCAUAAUCUUAAGCUUACUUUCAUAGCAAAAGCGGCCGAUUCAACUUCUCAGCCUUCUGCUACAAAAACCAUUGUCAGUGACGAUGGAUUCUCACUUUCUAAGCUUUCAUUUGGUGUUAUCGGACUCGGUGUCGGACUUUCGCUCCUCUCAUAUGGUUUUGGGGCAUAUUUUAACAUUCUCCCUGGAUCUGAAUGGUCCGCAAUAAUGCUGACUUACGGCUUCCCUCUUGCAAUUAUCGGAAUGGCCCUCAAGUAUGCAGAGCUCAAACCGGUGCCAUGCUUGACCUAUUCGGAUGCUCAAAUGUUAAGGGAAACCUGUGCCACUCCUAUCCUUAAGCAGGUAAGGAAUGAUGUUACAAGAUACCGUUACGGGGACGAACAACAUUUGGAUGAGGCUUUGAAGCGGAUUUUCCAGUUUGGUUUGGGUGGAGGAAUUCCCCGGAGAAAUGCACCUGUUCUACAAAUGAUUCGGGAAGAAGUCACAGAAGAUGGUAAAUAUUGUUUAGUCCUGGUACUUGAGGCUAAAGCUUUGGAGUUGUCGGAUUUCGAAAAGAGACAGGCAAAAUUUGCUUCUUUCUUUGGACCAGGCAUCUCAGCUGAAGUUGGGAAGGGAGAGAAUGGUGAAUAUGAAGUUCGACUUGUUUCAAAUUCCACCUCUAAUGCAUCAGUUUCUUGAAGUAUACCUGAUUUCUUCAAGUUUUUUUUUUCUUUUCCUUUGCUGGUAAAUUUUGUAUUAUAUGUAUAAUCAUG